GGGGCCCGAGGGCAGGCGGCUCGCCGCACGCAUGGGCGACGCCGGGCGCGCGGCCCUCGACAGGUGGACGGCCGCGUGGGAGCCCCAGAAGCACGGGCUACUAUUGCGCGCCGGCGUCCGCGCUCGCGGCGCUGCGGUUUUUGGAACUGGCUGGCGCCUGGACGCAGCGGAGGAUCCACGAGGAGGUGCUGGUUCCUCGAGGCCUCUUCACUAGCGGCGUGAGCCUGGAGCACGGCGCCGCCAUCUCGGGCAAUGCCAGCGGGGGCGGGGCGGCCACCAUUGAUCAGGGGGCCGCCAGCUUUUCCGUGGAGUGA